UCUUGUAUCGAUCCCUCCAGAAACUGUGUAGUAUAGUAGCUUCGUUUCCGGAUGGGGCAACAACCAGCGAAAGGCCAAUUGUUGUAUCAGCACGCCUGUUCCGGUAACGUUGACAAAAUCAAAGCCCUUUUCGCCCAAGGAGCAGAACUUGAGUGGAUUGAUGAAUUAGGGAGGACUCCAUUGAUUUUGGCUUGCAUGCGUUCGAGGAAGUACAAUGUUGCCAAAACGUUGAUUGAAUUGGGUGCUAAUGUAAAUGCAUAUUGUCCCGGUAGCCAUGCCGGGACUCCAUUACAUCAUGCAGUGGAAAAAGGCCUUAAACGAAGUGUUAAGUUACUUCUUUCACAUGGAGCAAAUGCAUUAGUGAUGAAUGAUGAUUCCCAAACUCCACUUGAUGUUGCAAGAGUUAAACGGCGCAGCAAAGUUGUACGUGCAAUCGAGAGUCAUAUCUGCUUGUUCUCUGGUUGGCUACGAGAACCUUUUGGUCCUGUCAUUCUUGAAGUGCUAGCUCCCCAACUGCUUUCAAGAAAAGUUUGGGUGACGGUUUUACCAUGUGCAUCUCGUAAUCUUGUGAUGCCUUUGAAGUUGGAGCUUGCCAUAUAUUCUAGUCUGAAGGAUUCCCAGCCUCGUGAUCUUAUUGCACUGUCGAAUGCCAAUAUGGGAGGAAUAAAGUUUAUCCAGUCUGAUCAUACAGUGAUAAUUUCUGAUAUUCCCAACAAGACACCCAUUAAACUUGCACCUGCAAAUGAAACUGACAAACAACAACUGCAACGUUUCUGCAAUGCAUGCAAAGGAAUUCUCCAGGAACCGGUUGCUCAGGCACAAGUUGUUCCACCAACCGCUCCAUCAUAUGCAGAAGACCUAGAACUAGCUAUGGCAAUCAAUGCCUCAAUCCAAUUCGCUAUGGAAUCAAGAUCACCUUAUGUUGAUCCUAAUCCUAUAUCUGGAGCAAGCACAUCCUCCAGCAGUCAAAGUGGGUGGGUGCGAAAUCAUAAUGAACUCCAAGAAGUUGGUUCGGGUGGCUAUCCAAGUCAUUUCAUUCAGAAUCAUAUUCAAACUCCCUCUUCACUCCCUUCAACCCCUCCUUGUGAGAAUGCGGUCUUAGAUGGUGGUGUUUCUUCAUUAUGUGUGAUAUGCUUGGAUGCUCCCGUUGAGGGGGCUUGCAUUCCGUGCGGGCACAUGGCUGGAUGCAUGUCAUGUUUGAAUGAGAUCAAAGGCAAGAAGUGGGGUUGCCCUGUGUGUCGUACCAAGAUUAACCUGGUUGUACGCCUCUAUGCUGUUUAAUCCAUUGAGGCAAGAGAUCGUGAAGCAUGUAUGUGGUUGGUGGAAUACGUCAGGUUAAGGGUUGCCGAAUAUUGUGAAGUUUAUUGUCUACAAGGUAUCAUCCUCGUGUAGGUAUGUAAAAUACAAGAAACACUCAGUAAUUCAAUUUGUAAACCUUUGUGUGGAUAUAUAUGCUGUUAAAGAUGGGAAAUGUACCAAAGUACCAGCAAUAAUUGGUGUCUUCCUUUUAAUGUGAUAUCAAGUAUAUACUGUAACUUCGUGUAUAGCUGAAGUCUACACGUCAAUGUCGAUUUUUCAUUUUCGUAUCGAAAGCUGUAUUGAAACAUGUUCUUACUGUGGUAUCAUUGUCCUUGAGGCUGAAGUUUAAAUGUCAAUGUCGAUUUUCCGUUUUUGUGUGGAAAAAU